AUGAAGCGGCGUGUUCUACGAGCACAUGCUAACAAGCGCCAACUCCGGUUAAUUUUUACAACAAAUCAUCUCUCUAAUAUAAAUUCGUUUCAAGUUCUAUGUGAUGCUUCUUUUUUGAGGGCUGUUAUCCAUUCGUAUUGGAGCAGUCAGAAUGGCGGGGAUGUAAGUAAUUUCCGGUUUGAAGGGGUUCUGGGAUCUAUGGCAUUUAUGCGGGAUGCAGUUGUAAAUGCUUUUAAUGUUAUUGACCAUAAACACUUGCCUUCCUCUCAGCCUCAAAAGGAAGUUAAUAAGAAGAGUGUUCGCACUGAAGGCAGAAAAAAAAUUAGUGAUCAAUCUUCUUCAGGCAUAACUGUUAAUUUCUAUUACCUACCAGAGACCGAGCUUGCGCUGCGGCGCAUGAUGUCCAAUAGUAACAACAGAGAUAACGUUAAAGCGACUAUCAAUACACUUGAAAAUGUAAAGGGAUCUUUGUCGGUGUCGUCACGACCCAAGAAACAUGAGAAACAGCAAGGCCAUUUGUUUAAGCCCCGAAGCAAUAGUAAGACACCCCCAAAUCCCAACAAAGCAAUUAAUGAUCUCUUUUUGGGAAUGACCAAGCUAACCCCUGUCCACAGGGGCAUUGAGAACGAUGGCGACACCUCGAGACCGAUUCCGGCCUCAUUCAAAGGCCGUCCCAAUGCGUCUAAACAUGUAUCAGGAGAAGUCAAGGCAAUUGAGGCAUUUGCAUGGCAACAGGGUUCUCCGGGCUGUAACAGCGGUUCCCUCGGUCGGCACUCAUCGGGGCCGUCACCCAACCACUUUUUCUUCAUCGCGUCACAGAGCCACGAUGUGCGUCGUGUUCUCUCAGCACAGGCAGGACUGCUGCGCUGGGCACAACAUCCCGAUUGUGUGUGGAUAGAGCUCAAGUCCGCUAGCUAUUCGUACCCCGAUCCGCCCGUGGGAUCGGUUACGCAGGGUGACGUCGUGGGUCGGGCCGGGGCCCCUGCGAAGCUCGGUGGGGCCGAUACGCAUCGUCUGUCCGCUGCUGACGUCGCCUUUAUGAAGCACUUGGGUGUCCUUCAAAGCGGAGCAGGGCGUGAACAGCGGCCUCCACAGACAAUCUUGGGGGCACACCGCAACCCAACCGAUGCAGGUUCUACUAUAGACAAAUCAGAGGUGGUUUGUAAAGAGGACUUGCGCGCGGGAGCGUCUUCCCUAUCUUGCGACAAUGGUCACACUCCAACUGUUGGGAAUCGGAAGCGUAAACGUCAACAUAACCCUAAUCCACUUUCGAUGAAGAAAAAGCAGAAGCGUGAGUCUUUUCGCAUUGGGUGAAGUAAAAUUUGAACCAUACGUCUUACCUAAGCGAAGGGUGGUGGGCCGUGAAAUGACUCGCAUUUGGGUAUUUGUGAGGAGCAGUUUAGAGGGGUCAAAUAAAAAAAUCCAAAAUGCAUGGCACAGUUGGACUGAUUCACGCACCAACUUUAACCAUAAAUGGUAUAGUGAAUUCUAGAACGGUGAUUUGUGUUGCUUUGCAUCAUAUUUAGCCCAUCUAUAUCGCUCCUUGUGUUUUU